AUGUUGGACGUCGUUACUGUAAGUAUUCUCUCACUCUCAAUCUUCUAUAACUUGGAUUUUGUUGAAACCUUAUCUGAAGUGGGCUAUUUCACAUGGGGGCAUCCGACAAUCUUUUCCAUUAGGUUAUACCAUGGUGGAGAGUUCACCAAAUUUCCUGGAAGAAAGUACAUCAAAGGAAAACAAACGUAUAUAGACUUACUCGACAUGGAUACUUUCUCAGUGCAUGACAUUGAUGAAAUGAUGGAACAGUUAGGCUAUGUUGAUGAAGGUAUACCUUUGUACUAUCACUUUAAACGACCUUUUUCAGAUUUAGAUUUCGGGUUAUUUGCUUUGGGUAGUGAUCAGGAUGUGAGACAUCUGGGUACCUUCAUUUCCAAGCAUAAGUUGAUUGAAGUCUAUAUUGAGCAUGGAAAAACCCAAUUACAUACGUACACAAUGUCCCCAAAUCAAGCAAAAGUUCAAAUAAAGGAAAUUAUUGAACCUCCAUCAUGUUCUUGUAGGCUUUUCUUAGAUUGGUAUGAUACUGGGGAGACAAAUGUUGUUGGGGAUGCUUCUAAAGAGGCUAAUGUAAUGGACGUCACUGGAGAUGACAAUAUGGACAUAACUGAUAAUGGGAUAAUAACAAGAAGGAAAUCCAUGCGUUGA